AUGCAGCAAGAAGAGCGGCAAGAUGGUGCGGGCUGUCCUCGAGGUCGGGGACACGAAUGUAAACGUCAUCUUCGGGAGAAACACGAGUCCACUCUCCACGUUGCGGCGGCGUGGGGUGCUGAAGAACCAUGCAUGGCGCUCAUGGUCGCGGCAGCAGAUCCGAAUCCGCGUGAUCAGGUGGGAUUCAGCCCACUCCACAUCGCUGCCAAAGCUGGGUACGGUAGGGUUGAUGCAUACACACGCAUCCUUCUUGGGCAAGGGGCCCAAGCACACGCGGAGACGGUUUUCCAGGAUAUUCCUCUCCACCUGGCGACUUCCCAGGGGCAUGCGCUUGGCAUCUCUGAGCUUGUGUUGGGCGGUGCAGACAAGGACGUGGACGAUGGUAACGGAAGUGAAGUGAAUGGCAGCGAUUAUCAAGGACACACAGCUCUACACAACGCUACCGUUAUUGAAGGACCAGGUCCUGGUCAAGACGACCAGGCCACCGGCGACCGUUGCUACACGCCUCUCCAUGUCGCCGUAGAUCGUCGGAUAGCAUCGAUCGGCACGACCCGCGCCGUGUUGGAGAGAGGGGCCAAUGUCAAUGCACGCAAUGACAACGAUCUGACCCCACUGCACGUUGCUUGUUCGUGGUCGAGUUUGGCGGUAGUGGAGCUCCUGCUGCUUUGGGGAGCAGAUGAGAAGCUCACGGGCGACAACAGAGUAUCGCCCGCAGACAUAAUUGGAGUGUCUCUUCUGGACGGCAGCAACAGCCAAGAAAUCCAGGCCGACCACCAGCGCAUUCGCCAAAUGCUGGCACGCGCUCCAGCCGACAGGUCAUGGCGUCGACGUGGCUGGCUGGUGCUGAGCCGUGCCUACCCGACCAGGAUGCAGAUCGCAAAACGGAAGUCGCACCACGAUCACCAGCAGCAUUGGUGGCUACGCCAAGGUGGCGAGGGUCAGCCACGAAGAUUCAGGUCGGGAUGA